UAAUGAGACACUUUAUAACAGAACGUCAGCCCUGGCAUCAAUCUAGUCUGAGAGCCACUUUUAGGACUGAGGAACUACCGCUGUUGGAGUCUUUUGGGGAAAACUUGCUUUUGCUUCUUGCGAGCCUGAAUCUCUUUUUUUGUGGAAAUACAAGAUCCCUGCUCUAAAUCAUCCGAGAAGAUGCUGCUCCUACUACUGGGAAUCAUCCUCCUGCACGUCGCUGCUCUGGUUCUCCUGUUUGUGUCAACAAUAGUCAGCGUAUGGACAUCAAGUGAAACUGGCACCUCAGACCUCUGGUUUAACUGCUCUGCUACCAAUGGAGGAUACCACUGUGACCCAGCAUCAACUGGAGAGUGGAUUCAGGCGGUCCAGGCACUCAUGAUCCUAUCCAUCAUCUUCAGCUGCCUUUCCCUCUUCCUCUUCUUCUGCCAGCUCUUCACUUUGCAGAAGGGUGGACGCUUCUUCCUCACUGGAACCUUCCAGAUCCUUGCCAGUUUGUUUGUGAUGAGCGGCGCCAUCAUCUACACGGUGAUGAGUCCGGAGUGGGUGUCGGAGACAUACGCCUUCGGCUACUCCUACAUCCUGGCGUGGGUUGCCUUCCCUUUGGCGUUGAUCAGCGGACUCAUCUAUGUCAUCUUAAGGAAGCGAGAAUGAGCCAUCACUCCAUCCCAGUGUUCCCAGUAACCCCCUGCCCAGCUGCAAGUGUCACCAGUCCCCCUCUGAAGUAUAAGUUCUGAUGCCUGAGUACCAAUGGCCAAUGGAGCCACCAGGCCAAUACACCCAGAUCACAGCGAGGGGGGGUAAUACCAAAAAUCUACAUGCAAACCAACACAAAAACAACCAAUACUGUCUCAGUUAAAAGAUGUAUAUAGUAUCUAUGGUUUAAAACCUAUUUAUAACACUUUUUACAUAUAUGUACAUAGUUUUUGUGUUGCUCUGUCAACGGAUACUCGUAUGAGCUUUGUUUUAGCUGAUUAAGUGCCUUGUGUUUGUUUGUAAUGAUGAAAUAAUUAGAUGCUAUUUUUGUUGUGUUUUCUUUUUUUUGUUGCCUUUUUUUGUUUUGGUAAUUGCCAAAGAGAAAGAAUUAGUAAAAAAGAAAAAAAGUUUCCUUGAAGUAUAUUAACCAAAGUGCAUGUAUAAAAAUAGAAGGGUUAGAAGAAGAGGAUCUUUUGAUGGUCUUGCUUUACAAAAAGAGUGGUAACAUCCAAGAUUGUAGCAUAGCCAUGAAAUAUAGAUUUGGUCCUGUUCUAUUUGUGAAUUUGUUGAAGUUUCAAUGUUUUUAUUUUCGGUAUUUUUCUAUUUCUUAUUUUCAACAAAAGAUGGUGCUAUGUAUUUAUCAUUCCUAUUACUGAUAGCAAUCAUUUACAACAGAGUUACUUUGUUAUUGUUUAGAGUCAAAACAGCUUGCCAUGAAUUAAAGUGAGAAUCAGACAGAGGUACACAUGUACAUACAGUGCCUGACUGCUUCUUUAGGGAACACAGCCUAUUUCACAUUGCAGUGCCUGAUUUUUUUUUUUUCAUCAGCUACUGUAAAAAUAAUAAUAAUUGAGUUUGGAGUGGUAUAUUGAUGAAGUCAAAAGUCAUUUGGAAUGUCAGUAUUAUUCUGAAAGUUUGUGUUGGAGUUGGAUCACAGUGAAAUUACUUUAUAUAAGCUUUAUUUAUUCGCCUUCCUUUUCCCUCAUUCUAAUGUGUGUUCACCUGUUGAAGUCUCGAGAAGCCAAAUUGCCGAUUUAGAAGAAUGCCAUAAAAAAAUAACACCGUGGGGCAUUAAGAAAAAAGUAUACAUUUAACAUUACUAGAAACAAAUGCCACCAAUUUGAAGCCAUAUAAGAUAUAAACACCGGAUGACAGGAAAAACAUAUUUAGUAUUAACUCUAUAUGUGAGAAAAAGGACAAAAAGGUUUGCAGUGGUGAUACAAAUGUCUGUUUCACAUACUUGAAGUUUGACAUGCUGCAGUCUCUGCCCACUGACGCCUAGAUGUUUUGCCCUUCUACUGUAUAAAACACUGUUUCUAUGUUGUGCAUAACAGAUGUUUAUGACAGUCUAGCCUAAAACACUCACUUACUCAAUAAAACUACUCUCACAUUA